AUGCCUCCACGACCCGGAAUUCGCCCACCGCGCAAGAAUGAUAGAUCCGAGCGCUUUCAGGUAGACUGGCUUCGUGAUUAUCAAGAUUAUGUUGAAAUUACAUUGCCAAAAAUUUCAAUUUAUAUUGGUUUUAUUUUAAUCAUCACACAGAUCUCGCAAUAUUUCAAUUUCAAGUCAGCAAACUUCGAAAGAAGAUACCCCCGCAAUGAUACAUAUCUUUCACACUUGGCAGAUAUGUUUAAAGGCGGUCCAAUCUACGUUUUGAUAGCACUCCUUGUCUAUUUCGUAUACUCUUGCAUAACAGGUUUCGAACAGGAUGUUGCUUUUAUGCUUGGUGUUCUUUUUGCACUCGAUGAUGGCUUACUCCAGUUCCUUCAGAAUAAUAUCUCCGCUUGUUAUUUAUUUAUUAGUGUUUUGUUCACAAUUUACUUUGGCCUUCAACUCCAAGAAGAAUUCUCAGGAACUUUUUCAUUAAGAUGGUAUUACAACUUUCUUGGCUCCUGCGUCUGCGCUCUCAUCUCAAUAUUCUUAUUUCCAGAAGUUAUACCAAUUAUUCUCAUCGUUUUCUUAUUCGCCAACAUUUCCAUUUCGAAAUCCUCUCUUAUCAACAAAUCUGGCGGAAGAACAUUCGCCAACUUAGUUUGGGCAGCUGUUCUUCUCCUCCCAUCUGUUUACUUAGUCUAUCCAAGAGUUCCAAGAUUCGAUUUCCAAUUACACAACGUUUACGAUGUUUUCGUUCUUGCAGAAUGGAACAUUGGAACGCUCAUCCCAAUUAUCCUCUCAUUACCUCUCAUUGCAGCCAUUCGUACUCCUCGUGUCAAUUCAUAUCUUAUUUCUUGCUACGCCGUCAGUAUUUUCGGCAUUUUCAUCAAUUGCAGCCGCAAUCUUGAUACUCUCUACAUCAGAUUACUAUUCGCAAGAAUGGUAGGCUCUGCUGUGGCUUCAAUCGUUCUCGGAAGACAGAAAUUCAUCUUCACAAGUUUCAUUGUUAUUUUAAUUUCGUUUGGCUACGCUUGGAUUCAAAGAGAGCAGUUCAAUCCAAUUGAUAUCGAUUUUGUUUAA